GAAUAUUGACUUCCGUCAUCCUGUUGAGAUUGGCCGUAUUCGAGUAACAGCCGAAAAUUUGAAAGAUUGGCGUUUAUAUUAUCAAUCAGCGUCGGAUGUGUUCCCACGUUUGAGUGCUUAUAAUAAUCCAAGUGUCAUAGUAAAUAAUGAAAUUAUACUAUUAACUACAUUGAAUGCUACAAAGAUUCGUAUAACACCAAAUAGUGAUGUAAAGAAUCUUCAUGUUGAAGUUUUUGCUUGUUCGUCUUUUGUCGCUGAAACAACGACAACUGGUACACCUUGUGUUUUAUCAGAAUGGUCUGCAUGGAGUCCAUGUAGUCGUACGUGUGGUAUUGGUUUUAAAACACGCACUCGUAAUGGAAGCUCAUCAAAGAGUUGUACUGAAGCACAAUUAAUCGAACAUCAAUCUUGUAGUGAUCGUCGUUGUGAAUGUUUACUUGAUGAAGCAUUUUAUGUUCGUAUAUUUAACAAGAAACCAGUCGGUGAUAAAGAAAUUGGUUAUGUCGAUACGUAUUCGAAUGGUACUACUCAAGCACGAAAUAUCAUUUAUGUUAAUGAUACUGUAGAUCAAGGCACAAUGAUUCGCACACGAGAUAGCUGUCAUAUUGUUCAUUGUACAGCUGAUGGUUUGAAAUUAUCUGAUAAUCAAUGUUUAACAACAACAACAACAACAGCACCAAUAACAAACACAACUCGCUGUACAGUACAACAAUUCGAUAGUAGUCCAUUGAAAGUGAAUAAUGGUCAAUGUACAUCACGUGAUAGUUUUCCUCGAGAACGAUGCAGUGGACAAUGUGAAUCUGAUAGUAUGCGUCAAUGCACUUGCUGUUCAGUCGGAGAAACAUAUGUACAGUCAGUUGUUUUCGAUUGUUUUGCCAAUGGUUCACCAACGGUAACAGAACAAAAAACGGUACAAAUUCGACGUAUUAAAUCAUGCAAUUGUAAUGUGUGUUCUGGUGGAAUUAUUUCAAAGAAUUGA